AUGUUGUAUCAUCUAAACAAAAUUGACAAAUCUCUACUUUCUCGUUUUGUUUAGCAUAGCAAUGAUGUGUUUCUAUGUUAAAUGUUAAAAGAGAAGAGCAAACAUGAAAUACGAAAAGGUUUAGCGGUGCAACAAAGAGCCAUUACUUCGGUAGUAUAAUCUUAAAUGGUUUAGUUGCAACUGCAGCUGUGUCAAGUAAAAGACAAAUGACAGAAAUAAGAAACAACAACAACAAAGCAAUAUGUAAUGAUGUCAUCUUUAUUAUUAUUAUUAUUAAAGUACAACAAACAUGGUCAAACAAGUGGAAUAGAUAAUAAAAAAUAAAUCCUCUCUUCUCAUUUAUGGAAUCACAUACACAUACACACACCCACCCACCCACACACACACACACACACACACACACACACAAACUAGCACACGCACACAUGUACACACAACACGCGCACAUCCAAAACAGUAAAAAGGAUUAUUCACUAGAUUACCUUUAGACAUAGAUACAAGCUAUAUAAUGUAUUUAUAUGGCCAUAUGUUAAGGUAAUAAAUGCUCAUUGAGCACUUUUUCAUUCUGCUUUAAUGGCAGCAGUAGAAUAAACGGACUUAGACCUUUAACCUGUAUAAAACACACAACUUUCAAAAGAUCUAAUUCAAGAUCUGGGAAAUUUAGCUAAUGGCUUUAUUUAUGUAAACAUGUGGGGGAAUAUUUGACUGGCCACAGACUUGCGCAUUCAUCAGCACACUCCGGGAUGCCGUUUGGCGUUAUCCGGGUUAAGGUCUGGCGUCUGGCCUUUUAAAUUUCAUGGUUGAAUCUGAACUCAGCAGCCAUGACAAACAUCGCACUUCCUAAUGCGUAUACCGGUUACAUUUAGUUUUACGUCAUACAGUCCAAACAUUGAGUAUUAUAUAAUUUAAUUCCCACGUGUGGGAAUUUAUUUAAACCAAAGUUCAGGUCAGUCUAAGCUUAUUAGUGACGUCAUUUGGCGAUGACAAAGGCGAGAUUUGUUUUAAAAUCUCAACACUUUUACAGUUUUUAUGGUGCAGACGCACAUUGCACGCAUACUUAUCACUUGGGAUUUAUUUUGAAAUGUGUCUUUGUAGUCUCUCUGGUUAAACUGUCAUUUCGUAUUUGGCAAUUUAUGGAAGACAGUGCACGCAGUUUGGGUUAAUUUCAGCAAAAGUGUGGUUUGUUGGGCUGCACUACUAUAAUUUUACUUUUGCACACAACGACUGUCAAGUCUACACAACCUCAUAUUUAGCCCCCUAAAGAAUUCAUUUAAAUUAGCCUUUUUUCUUUUUCAAACCACUGCUUCAAAAUAAAAGGGGGAAAAAAAUAAAUUUCAAACAUCCAAUUACGCACAUCAUCAUACAUAUCACACAAAACAAAUUGCACUACAACGCACCAAAAACAGAAACAUGCAUACACAUACGAUUAAAACUCAUCCCAAUAACACUCCUCAGCCUCACCGUUUUUCAAAAUGUACAAAUAUACUCCUGCACCAAAGUCACCACAUGAUAGAAAGCUAUAGGAUUUACUAAUGCACCAGAUAUGUUGUUCUCUACCUCAAUCAGUCUGCAAAUAUGCAUUAAACAUUCAGUAUUUAUGACACAAUUAGUCUAAUUUGUGUUCCCUGUGACAUUGCUGACUUCUUCGGUUACUCUUUCUCCAUCGUAUAUUAAUAUUGCAUUAUUUUCUGUGUCGCUGCAACCCUGCAGGGGAGUUAGGGGUUGUUUCACAGCCUACUAACUGACAAGCUACAUUAGUAUAUUGCAGGGCAAACUCCUGCCAUUAGAUACAACAGUAACAUUAUCCCUGUUAUUAAAGCUUGCAUCUAGUUAGCCCUUUAACGAACCUUUUUACCUCCUCUGCAGUCUCCUCUUUCCUGUCUUCGGCCUCUCUGUUUGAUAUGAAUUGUUUCACAUGCAUACAUACAGUGGUGGUGGUUUUAUGUUGGGCGAGGAACUCGGAUGCAGUCUUAUUAACGACACGUUUAUGAACAAUCAAAUGGUCCUCGUUAAAAUUUAUUGAUGGGCAUAAAAUCAUGAACGGUCACUAGCCGAAUAUAGCCCGCUGUAGUGGGCUGCUUGUCAAGAAUCCGAAUCCCCUCCUCUCCUAUCUCCACAGAUCCCAUUUAGGAAAUGUUUGGUUUGUUGCGCCCUCGUUAAAACAGUGCAAACUUUAUUGUUGGUGUAUCCUGCGUCCCGUAUUUUGAUCCCCCCCCCCCCCCUCUGUCUAGUCUGUGUGUAGCUACUGAAGGCUUCUCUGUGUGUUGAAAUGAAAAGCAUUGCACAGGAAGUUAUAAACCUUUCACUUUAUCAAAUGUGCCGUUGGUUUGUUAAAGCUAAAAGGCGUCAACGAUCCAAUAAACACUUUAAUGAAGUAAUACUAUCCAUUGCAAUAACACGGGACUACGGUAUUCGCCAGACAGAGAUUGAUUACACCAUCAAAUAGUGCCUUGCUCGGUUUUAGACGUGCGCAGGUCUGUACUGCGACUAGAGAAAGAUCCACCCUGAGCACUACAAAUGCAUAUUUCCUUUAUAAAAAAAAACAUGGUUGUUGACGUUACCUCUAAUACGUCCAAGAAAGAGAGCAAAGGAGCACAUUCUUUAAUCCCAUUUAUGUGCAUUGGUAUCCCAGGAUAAGUGGCGCAUUGAUCCACUGUACAAUUUUUGUGGGGGUAAAUAUAAUCACGUGUCGGCGAGGCAGCCAAUAGCAGCAAGGGAAGCGUUGAGAAAUAAUUACCUGCCUUGAUUGUUCUAUGGCUAGAUAAAAAAGUACACAUACACUCCAUAUAAUAAUCGGAUGCAUGUAAAAGAGUCGGGGAAGCUUCGACAUGUCGACCACGGGUCCCAUAAGUAAUUAUUAUGUGGACUCCUUGAUCAACCAUGAAAACGAGGAUGUCCUUGCUGCAACUCGGUUUUCCGCUCCCGGUUCGCACCCAGCCGGCCCUCGUCCGACGUCCCUAGUACCGGAGUGUGCUGACUAUCCUUCCUGCAGCUUCGCACCCAAGCCACCCGUCUUCUCCACCUCCUGGGCCCCCGUACACUCCCAGUCAUCAGUGGUUUACCAUCCAUACAGUCACCAACCUCACUUAGGCACAGACUCGAGGUAUAUGCGGUCAUGGCUGGAGCCGAUAUCAGGCGCCGUGCCUUUCCAUGGCUAUCCGGGGAACAGCAGGCACUAUGGGCUGAAGCCCGACGCCUUUCAGGAGCACAGAGCCGGCGAGUGUCUCGGCUCCAGCGGACGGACCUACACGGAUUAUCUGUACUGCUCAUCCACUGACAUCCGAGACAAGACGCAGCAGAAUAUCCCCUCUCCCGAGUCGGAGAUCCUGGCUUCAGGGAAACAUAAAGACGAGAAGCCGGAGCUAGAUCCUAAUAACCCAGUGGCAAAUUGGAUACAUGCCCGCUCCACAAGGAAGAAGCGAUGCCCUUACACAAAGUACCAGACUCUCGAACUGGAAAAGGAGUUUUUGUUCAAUAUGUACCUUACUAGAGACCGCCGAUUCGAGGUCGCUAGGGUCCUGAAUCUGACCGAGAGGCAGGUCAAAAUCUGGUUUCAGAACCGACGAAUGAAGAUGAAGAAAAUGAACAAAGAAAAGACCGACAGCAAAGAACAAUAAAGUGGACUGCAGUCAGAAAACAACCAUAAUAACCACUAGUCACAUGGACAGCACAGAUGUACCAAAACACACAAUGAAACCCCCUCUCCUUCUCUUCAUAUUUAUCACUUUGUUGGAUUUUGUAUUAACCUUAACUUCGAGACUGUUUGAUGCUGAUUAUGUUAUUUUCCAGUGCACAUUUAUGUGUCAAGCGUUAAAGAAAAGAAGAAAAAAAAAAUAAACUUUUAAGGAGAUAAUUACAAUCUGCUUUCACUCCGAAAUACCUUUAUGUUUUUUUGUAAGAGAAAUUAUUACAAGUGCAGUUUGGACACGUUAAAACUGUACGGAGAAAGAGAAUACUUGAAUUCUUUUGAAUUUCACAAACCCAUAAUUUAUGAUGUGAAUGUUAUUUCUUUCAUGUUUAUUUCCUUUGUACGUUUUUGUGCAGGUGUAGUAUUUUGUACAGAAACCGAAACAUCUGCGAUCGGACUUGUCUGUCUUGUAUUUUUGUGAUAGUUGUUGCUGUAUUUGACUGUGUUUUUCUUUUUGACUGUAGCCUACGAGUUUAACUAUAGAGUGUAGAUAUAGAUCUCUGCAAAUAUAAACAUAAUCACUAA